UUAAUUUUUAGUGCCAAAGUGCACUUUCUCUUUCUCUGUGUGUGUCUGUGUGUGUGUGUUUUAAACCCGAAUGGUUAAUAGAUUGUAAUUUACAGAUUACUUUAAAUGACCAGACACUAGUCAUACUCGCCGACUUAAAUUACAAGGCACGAGAAUGAAAUACACUGCAGGAGUCAGUCGUGUUGUUGUUUUUUUUAUCCGCAUGCUCAGUGCUCAGUGACACUAGUGUGUGAGCUCGUCCACAAGCUGGCUGGAUCAGUAAACACUGCGUGUUAAUGGCGAGCGGCUUCAGUGUCUUAUGGAGACGAGUUGAAGAGAAUAACGUGCUUUCGGGGAGACCGGGGACUGUAGGGUACGUAUAACAACGCGUUUGACACAUAUAACAACGCAUCAAAUGCGCAUGCGGCAUAUCAUUCAGGCUCGCGCUGCUUCCAUUGGGGUCUUCAUUCUAAACGCGCUGUGUGCAGUCGGAGAAAUGAAAAUGGAUGUCUAAGCAUGUCUAAUCAUGACAAACUGACCGAUCUGUGGUGUUAUCUUAGCGGAAACAUGGCAGUCUUGAGGUCUGUCUUGACACUACUUGGCUGAUCUGACCCCUUCAGCCCCUACCUAGUGUGCACCUGUGGUGUGGUCCUCCUCGGGUGAGUGAGCCCUAUCUGGAGCGGCUCCUUCAUGGCAGGGGAGAAGAGCCGUCGCAGUGCCAUGGACAUUAAGCGCCUGGCAGGGCUUCUGCAGCGUGGGGCCGGUCGCCUGCUUGUCAUUGACAGCCGCACCUUCUCUGAAUACAAUGCUUCGCACGUGCACGGAGCUGUCAAUGUCUGCUGCUCCAAACUUGUCAAGAGGAGACUGCAGCAGGACAAGGUUUCCAUCACUGAGCUCCUGCAGCCCAACGGCAAGGUCAAGGUUGAUCUGAGCAGGAGACAUGAGGUGGUGGUGUACGACCAGAGCACUAAGGACGCUGGUCAACUUUCCAAAGAUGGCUUUGUCCACAUUCUCCUGAGCAAGCUGGAUGGGACAUUCCACAAAGUGUCCCUGCUUACAGGUGGCUUUGCAGCAUUCUCCUCCUGCUUCCCAGGUCUGUGCGAAGGGAAGCCAGUGACCACACUACCCAUGAGCCUGUCUCAACCCUGUCUGCCUGUGGCCAAUGUGGGCCCCACACGCAUCCUGCCCCAUCUGUAUCUAGGCUCUCAGAAAGAUGUGCUUAACAAGGAUCUGAUGGCCCAGAAUGGCAUCACAUACGUGCUUAAUGCCAGCAACACAUGUCCAAAACCUGAGUUCAUCUCUGAGAGCCACUUCAUGCGCAUUCCUGUCAAUGACAACUAUUGUGAGAAACUCUUACCCUGGUUGGACAAAACGAAUGAGUUCAUCGACAAAGCUAAGGUUUCCAACUGCAGAGUCAUUGUCCAUUGUUUAGCUGGCAUCUCCAGGUCUGCCACUAUUGCCAUUGCUUACAUCAUGAAGACAAUGGGCUUGUCAUCGGAUGAGGCAUACAGGUUUGUUAAAGAUCGCAGACCUUCAAUAUCACCAAACUUUAACUUCCUGGGCCAGCUUCUUGAGUUUGAGAAGGGUCUCCGUCUGCUGAAGGCACUGUCUUCGGGUCAGGAGAAGAAUGAGCAGCCCAGCAAGGCAGAGGAACCAAAAAGAGAAACCACAUUGAAACCUGAGAAAACUCGACUAGAUGGUGAGUCAGAGAUCUCAGAGAUGGAGACCAAGCUGCCAUCUCCUUCGUCACUCCAGCAGGGCUUCAAUGGUCUCAAUCUGUCAGCUGAGCGCAUCCUGGACACCAAUCGCCUCAAGCGAUCCUUCUCUUUAGACAUCAAGUCCGUCUACACACCCAAUCAGUGUCCCCACCUCACUCCCAUUCAUGUUGAGGAUGUCCCCAAGCUCUGCAAACUGGACAGCCCCAGUCCAGGGUCCUCAAAUGGUGUGUGCCAGUUGUCUCCAUGUUCAGACAGCCCCAGCUCAUCCGAUUCGCCAAGCCCGGUGGCUGAAAGCAGUGCAAAGGUUCGCUUGCGCAGGAAAAAUAAGCACAGUGGAGCCAGCUCACCUGUGCAGUCUCUGAGCCUGAGCUUUGGUCGUUCGCUGUCCGGACACAAGAGCCCAAGCUUGGAUGAGAACCUGAAGUCCGCAAUGCUACUUGGCCUGCCUGUAGCUGGCACUGGUCCCAUGUGGACCAAACACCGGGACACUUCACAGGCUACCACACCAGUCACACCAACAGGCGAUGCCCCAUGGUUCUACGAGUCACUGACUAGCACAGGAAGUGGGUCAGCGUCAGUACAUUUUGCUCCACUGGGAUGCAGUGCACUCCCAGGGCCAUGUGAGGCUGUCCGGUUACGUCAGAAGGCGGGAGAGGUACGGGAGUCCCGAGCGAGCUGGCAUGAGGAUACAUCUGGCUCUGCUGCUGGUACCGACAAACAGUUCAAGCGACGCAGUUGUCAGAUGGAGUUUGAAGAUGGAAUCUCGGAUACACGUUCAAGGGAGGAGCUUGGCAAGAUUGGUAAACAGUCCAGCUUCUCAGGCAGUAUGGAGAUCAUUGAGGUGUCCUGACAGAUGCACUGGUGGGCAUAGAGGUGUUCAGGUGCCACUUACAGUUGAGGGAGGACUGAGUGACAGAACAGCAAUGGCUGACCAGUUCCUGACUUUAGGAGCAUUUGUUUUAGUGUGUAGGAUUGUGAGAAAUCAAUUAUGGUUUUUUGUGUUUGUCUCUGAGACUCCAAGCCAGUUGAGCUGGAUGCAGGCAGACUUUAGGCUGUCUUCGCUGUUUAUAAGCCAUCACCAUCCCAGAACAAUUUGGGAGGAAUAAGAACAGAACUGUUGUAUUUGAUUGCAGAAUCCAACCCUUAGUGUACAUGACACUUCUGUCUCCAACAAAAAGCUUUACCAGCCUCACAGUGUAUUGAGAUUAAAGCAUGGCUCAGUGUCCUCUGGUCACACUUGCAUCUGGUAUUACUCUCACACAGACUCGGUGGACUCACACAUCCACAGCUCAAGGGACCUCUACCGACACACUUGAAGCCCUGGCAUAGACUUGUACUGAACAGAUGAAGGCUUCUUUGUGCACUGCUUUUGUUCCCCCCUGCUCCUGAAUGCCAGUAAAUAAUCCUGGAGGAGGAUGCAGGGACGUUAUGAAAAAAAAGCAUUGUGGAAGUUUUCCUGCAGUGCCUACUGUUUUUUCUUCUCUGUGUUUGUUCUUUACCUUUUCCCUGAUUUCAGCCCCCACACAAUGUACUACGGGUGGGCAUGAAAAGAACUACCACCCACCUUUCUCACACCGAGCAUGCUGCCGUAUACGAGGCUGCUGGUUUCCCUACAGAUGAAUAUUAAACACACCAUGCAUAGCUCUUAAUGGACAUUUUACAUUUUUUGGUUCUCAAUUAUAGUUUUAAUUUAUUUUAUCUGUUCAUUCUGGUAAUGAGAAAUAAUAUAAUGAUUGUGGAUCCUUCUUUUUUUUUUGGUGUUGACCUCAGUUUUUGACUACAAGGUAUUUAUGAACUCAUUCACAAAACUGAUACACAACUACAAGCAAUAUAUGCUCUUUUCUUCAUCUUAUGUCUUUAUUUUCAACUGUAAGGGAGAGUGAUUGUUAAAAUGAAUUUAUCUGGUAUUUUGUAAUGCACUUUCUGUUGCUUUAAGAAAGAGAUUAUGAAACAUCUCAUCAUAAGGGUACCACAAAUCUUUUACAAACCCUGAUGCAUUACACGACACCUGUCCUGAACUUUUACAUGCUGGCACUGUUUCAGUUUAGUAUCUGUCCAUCCUUUUUGCUCUGAAAUAAAAUAACCCUGUAAAGCAUGUAUAAUCUAAAAUAAUAAGAAAUGAUCCAUAUGAUAUCCUGGCUUCUCAAAAUGAUUAUCAUUUUAAGGAAUGGACCUGUUUUAUCUAUAAGCACAUACGUGAAAAUGUUGAGAGACUCUAAUGGAUUAAUGUUUGUCCAACACCCCCCCACCCCCCCCACCCCCCAAUCCCUCUCCCCCCCUUCCUCCCCUCCUUUUUUUUUUUUAAUAUUUAUGUUAUUUAUUGUGAGCUUGGGCCUGUUUAUGGAUGAAGUGUGAGUGACUAAUGACAGUGGAACUUUUUGAACCCAAACCAUCAAACAGAUGAGUAUUUUUGAACAAGGUCGAUCUUGUUUUCCUUCACUCUUUUGUCUGCAGGAGAUAUUAAAAUGAACUUAGAAGUUAUGUUCCAAAUUAUGGUAUUAACUCAAUUCAUUAGCUGUGCCUACCAGUCAUAUAUUCUAUUUAUCUUUACUUUUGGAAAGGUUUGUGUUGGGUUAAAUGGAGGCAACAUUGAUGUGGUGUAGUAGAAUGAUGGCACAUGAUGCUCCAGUUCAGCUCAGGUGAAGUGCACACAAGUCCCCUCUCUGAGCUCUGGGUACCUGCACAACUCUCAUCCUCUCACUCUUUCUCUUAUUUGCUGUCUUCUCUCUCUCUCUCUCUCUCUCUCUCUCUCUCACUCACUCUUUUUUCCACACCCACAUGCAAUUUUUCUAUGUAAUUAACUCUCUCUUUUUUCUUAUGUGUUCCAAAGGUUUAAGGAAAUCCCACUGAAAGAGUCUCUCAUGUCUGUACAUGUGGAUGGUGUUGCCCCUUUGCUGUGGGAUGAUUGGUUAUUUAUUUAUGGAUUGGAUGUAUUCUCAGUUAGCUACUCUGUAUAGCAAACCCUUGUCCUUGUACUUUUGCUGCUGUUUGUUCUUUUUCUUUCCUUGUGUUACACAUUGCCUGUAUUUCCUUUUAUUUCAUCACCUCUAUAUUUUUAAACAUAUUGUUAUUAUUUAAGACAUGUAAUGAAAAGAUGCAGGCUGUCCUUUUUGCUGAAACUGUUUAAUUGUUGGCAACAUUAUUAUUAUUAUUAUUAUUAUUAUUAUUAUUAUUAUUAUUAUUAUGUUGUGUAAAUAGCAACGUAUCUAGAAGAAUAAUUGAAAUAGGGAACUUUUUCAGAGAAAAUCCUAAUACCUUAGGCUGCUUGACGCAAAAUACCUCAGGUUCUAUUCAAUGGCUUUUUCCUCCCCUGUACCUGUUUUGUGAAGAUGAAACAAAAAUACAAACAUCAUAAAAUAUGA